CAAGUUUUACCCUCAGGUUAUAAUGAGAGAGAUGGACUUGAGGAAUGUCCGGCUGUGGUCUUGGAGGAGGAGAAGUUGAAGCGAGAAGUAUACAUAUAUACACAUGCACACUGCACAGGUUUGAGUCAACGGAAAGCAGUGUGAGUGGACACAUCCCUACAGCUCGAAGAGAAGAGAAGAGAAGCUAACUUGAGCAGACAUGGCAGAUGACACCUUUAAGCAGGAGUUCCUGGAGACCCACAAUCAGUACAGGAAGAAGCAUCAAGCCACAGACCUGACGAUAAACGACGAGAUGUGUAGAUCUGCUCAAGAGUGGGCAGAUCACCUGCUGAGCAUUAAAACCCUUAAGCACAGUGACACGGAGAAUGGGGAAAAUGUGUAUUAUUCCUAUAGCUCUGCCACCAAGCAGAUCACAGGGAAAGAGGCUGUAGAAUGUUGGUACGGUGAGAUCAAGGAUUACAACUUUGAAAAACCAGGGUUUCAAUCCAAUACAGGGCACUUCACCCAAGUUGUGUGGAAAUCUACGACAGAGGUCGGAGUAGGAAUGGCUACUGAUGGAAACACUGUUUUUGUUGUUGGUCAAUACAGCCCUGCUGGAAACAUAACCAAUCCUGGUUACUAUAAGGAAAAUGUUCUACCAGCAGCUGAAUAAUUAUGUGAAAGAUAUAAUACCUUGCAAUCAUAUGCACGUGUUUCUAAUUUGAAUACUCAAGAUCAUUUUUGAACAUUUUAAUUAAAAUUAAAAAAUUGUGAUAACCUCAAACAGUAGUAACAUCUUUGACAAUUUUCACUUUCAAUGUUUUUUAAACAAUACAACAUGAUUCAUCAUUAAUCUGUAUGUUUAUUGGCUCA